AUGAACACCCGCGCGUUCAUGUGCCUCGCAGCCGUCGUGCUGCUCGCUUUCGCGCACAGCGCGCUGGCCCGCGAGCACAGCGGCACCCUGCUGGCGCCGACCGGCACCGACGGCCGGCCGCUGGCCGACCCCCUUGCGUCCACGCGCAGCAUGCCUGACUGGAACACCGUCCGCGACGACCUUGCCGUCACCACCGACGGCCGCCUGAGCGAGCUCAAGGACCUGGCUGCCAACGUGAAGCACACCGACGUGAACCUCGCCCUUGAGGAGCUGCGCGGCCAGAGCUCCAGGUCGUUCCUGCGCAGCCAGCCCGCUCGUGUUUGA